AUGCAUCGUUGUCUCGACCUCUAUGAGGUCGUAUACCACAUCUUUGCGCAGUUGUGCUCGGAUCAACAGGGCAAAGCGACGCUGGCACGAUUAGCAAGAGUCUGCACUGCGUUCAAGGACGUCGCUCUCGACCAUCUCUACUCCAACGUUGAGCACUUUUCGAACCUCCUAAGUUGUUUGCCAGGAGAUAUUCUGCAGAAACCAGACUGGAUUUACGAUGAGCAUGUGCGUUUUCGGAGAGGUAUGACAGAUAGAGACUGGGCUAUCCUAGUACCUUACGCUGCAAGGGUAGAGACCCUCCGUUUUUCCUUCCAACAUCAAGAAAGCAGCCCAAGCGAGGACGUGCUUAGAGUCUUGAACGAGUGUCCUACGGGCAUCCUAUUCCCGAAACUUCGAAGUCUCACUCUGCUCCAGACCCACAGACUGGAUGCACCUCUACUCAGGUUUCUGUUCUGUCCUCAAGUUGAUCAGCUUUACCUCGACGGGUGUCCUUCUCGCCUCUUUGAAGAAAUCGACGUGCCGAUGUUGUGCCCAUCGGUUGAACACCUUGGUAUUUCUAAUGAGAUCUACGACGUUCAGAUAUCUAGCGAGACGAUGGCCCAAGCCUUGCGGCGAUGGCCUCUUCUGAAGCACGUCAAAUGUCCUUCUCUUGCCAAGGAUGGACUUAUAAUCCUAGCCUCUCUGCCGAGGCUGCGCUCCUUGGACAUCGUGGUAGCAAACAGCACACCCUGGGUUUCCGAGAGCGUAGACGUCGCGUUCCACUCACUGCAGAGCCUUGGAUUCAUCAUUGAUUCUCCCGAUGCUUGCGCCUCAGCCCUCCGCUCGCUAGCCACCAACUCUUCGGGAUCAUUAACUCCACUUGUUGUCCCCGAGGUUACAAUCGCCUCCAAUCUCCUGUUUGCCGAUGCCAUAACUCCACUCAUCGACGUAACCACCCCCCUCUCUCAUUACGUUGCCCCAGACAGGCUCACCUCCCUUCAUUUCAGUGGGUCAGGCGAGACGCUGAUAGCAGACCCGCCGUUCAACGGGUAUGCCGGCUUCGAGCCGCUUUCUGUCUUCUCCCAGCUACGUCACAUCAAGAUCGAAUAUGCCCUGGUCCAGCUCGACUUCAGCCUUCUCUCAGUUGGCCGUAGCUGGCCGCUGCUCGAGACAUUCUGGUUGACCAGGACUAACGUAGCAAUCUCUCUGGGCAGGGCCAUGAAGUUUCUCGCAGUCUGGCCAAGGCUGCGGGUUUUUCACUUGCCUGUAAUGGUCAUAAUGGAACACGUCGAGGCGCUCGCAGCCAAUACGGAGACACAUAAACCUCACAAGUGCAUUAAAAAAAUGCAGUUGGAAACCCCGGGAGGAGACGAGCGCCCCAACGUUCAGCAGGUAGCGGAUGUGUUUGCGCGUUUGGUGCCUAGGCUAUCAGAGGUGGAAACUUAUCCAGAUCGGCAGCUGUACUGGAAGACAGUUUUGAAUGAGAUGAGGAUUCGAUGUCGUGACGAUGAAACAGUUAGUCAGGCAUAG